UUAACUAUGCCGAUAUUAAACGAAACAACGACGCAGACGACUGGGAUGCGACUUUUCAGCUGUUACUAAAAGACCAGGGGCUGGAAGUUAUGAUCCCUGAUGAAGAAGAUCGCAAUUUUAUUCACCAAACCAUUUUUGACGAGUUAUGCAAGGGAAUAUUGGCUGCAGAAACAAAAAAGCGGUAUCUCGCCAUAAUUGAUAAACUGGUUGCCCGCGGUGCCGAAGGGGUUAGUGUUAUUAUUGUCAAUUACAAUGUCCGGUAUUUCCUGGAGGUCUGCCUGGACUCGGUGCUUCGAGCUGCGGAAGGUUUGGCUGUUGAAGUAAUUGUUGUGGAUAAUAACAGUGGUGAUGACAGUAUGGAAAUGGUCCGUACGAAAUUCCCUGCUGUGAUCCGUAUUGCUAAUACCGAUAAUAAAGGGUUUUCAAAAGCCAAUAAUCAAGGCGUUGCCAUUGCCUCCGGUGAGUACAUUCUCUUUCUGAAUCCGGAUACGGUAAUGCCGGAAGAUUUUUUCCACAAAACCGUAACCUAUAUGGAUGCCAACCCGCAGGCCGGAUCUGUGGGGCCAAGGCUGAUUGAUGGCAAAGGCAUAUUUGCACCCGAUA